AUGGCAAACCGCAGCGUGUCUCUUGACACCAAGGUGUUCAGCAUUAAUGACCUCAAACGCGAGGGCAGCGCAAAAUUGCCUCCCAUGUAUCGAGGGGCCAUGGACAUGGAAACACUCCGGGAAAAUGAGGAAGCAUACCGAAGAUACAAGAUCCGUCCUCGCAUUCUGGUUAAUGUAGAUCACGUCGAUACGUCGGCGGAGAUAUUUGGCAUCAAGGUCCCGUUUCCCUUUGGGUUCAGCCCAUCUGCUAUGCACCAACUAGCCCAUCCCGAGGGUGAAGUCGCCACCUCGAGAGCCGCGGCGUCAGAGGGCAUAUGCAUGGGCCUGUCAUCUUACUCAACCGUGUCACUUGAAGAAGUCGCACAGCAAGGGCUGGGAAACCCCUUUUUCAUGCAGGUCUGCGUGCUGAAAGACCGUCGUACCACUCUGCAACUGCUGCAGCGAGCAGAAGCUGCCAAUUACAAAGCCAUCUUCGUCUCUGUAGACGUGCCUGUGCUUGGACGCCGCCUCAAUGAGAUGCGCAAUAGCUUCACGCUCCCAGAGGAAAUGCAGUUCCCGAAUCUCCUGUCCAACGGCAGGAAAGAGUUCAGUGGCGAUAAUGCGGCAACAGCCUUUGACGAAGAUGCUAGUCUCGAUUGGAAUUCCGCGAUCCCGUGGCUGAAGGAGCACACCAAGAUGCAAAUCUGGCUCAAGGGGGUAAACACAACCGAGGAUAUUCAGAUGGCCAUCGAUCACAACCUGGACGGUGUUGUCAUUUCCAACCACGGCGGGCGACAGCUUGAUGGCAUUGCCGCCACGCUUGACACACUUCGUGUCUGCGCACCACUUGCCAAGGGAAAGAUUCAGAUCGCAGUGGACGGAGGGGUGCGCAAGGGCUCUGACAUUUUCAAGGCAAUCGCCCUUGGUGCGGACCAUGUGUUGGUUGGCAGAAUACCCAUCUGGGGUCUUGCGUACAAUGGCCAGAAGGGCGUCGAGCUGGCGAUCAAGAUGCUCAAGGAAGAAUUUGCCGUGACAAUGAGGCUGGCCGGAUGUGCGUCAGUCAAGGACAUCACACCGGACAGAUUGGCAUACCUAAGGCACGACGGAAUCUUGGCAAGGUUGUAA